AUGACGGCUUUAUUAAAAAUAACAAAACUCCUGCCAAUUGCAACAAGAUCCCUGCUACAAAAAUCAGUAGCACCAACAAAUCUAAAACAAUAUCGUAAUAUUAGCUGUACAGCAACACAAUGGUUCAAUGAACGUCUACCACGACCGGCUACAUCCCUGGCCAAAGAGCAACAAUAUAUGAAAAUCGAUCGAGUACCAUCCGAUUAUAGUCUAAUUUAUCGUUCAACAAUGGAAAAUUAUGUUGCCUGGUCAAUGCAUGUGUCAAGUAUAACAGCGACAAUAAUUGGUGGUGCUGCGGCAUAUCAAUAUGCCAGUGGAGAACCUUUGAUGGAUCCCUCGUUGGUAGACACCAAGCUGGUAAUGCACACGGAGGAUAUUUAUGUUUUCGCUUUGGGAUUUUUGGUCAUAAAUGCGGUGCUACGGUUGGUGGUCUCCAAAUUUCCAUUGAGAAUUUACAAAAACAAUGAUGGCAAAUACUUAGCUGUCUAUCAUUCACAAUUCCCUGGCGGAGUAACACAUCAUCAUUUCGAUCAGGGCGAUGUAAAAGAAGUCACCUAUACCUUUAGCCCCUGGAAUGGUUCUACAUAUAAAUUGGGCAACAAGACAUCAUUGAUUUUGGACAAUUAUUUCAAAACUGCUUGGGAAUUUGAACAAAUGUUGACGCCACCCAAAAAGGAGGAGUAA